AUCGGAUCUUUCCCCUUCCUCAAGCUCGUGGCAGCCAGCCGACCCGUCUCCAAGAAAACCCAACCUCUUGAAUUUUGCUUCUUUUGCAAAUCCCACCCUAUUAUUUUUCUUUUUUGCAAAUUUCUCUCUGAAGCCAUAGCCAUGUCAAAGGGGACGGUACUCUUCUCCGACAUCGGAAAGAAGGCCAAAGAUCUGCUGACAAGGGAUUACACCUACGAUCAGAAGUUGAGCAUCUCGACCACCAGCGAAUCUGGAGUGGGCAUUACUUCGUCUGCUGUGAAGAAAGGGGGACUCUAUGCAUUUGAUGUUGGUAGCCAGUACAAAUAUAAGAAUACCCUCGUUGAUGUCAAAGUUGACACAGACUCAAACAUUUCAACAACUUUCACUGUGUCUGAAGUCCUGCCCUCUACCAAGGCAAUUGUUGCUCUCAAAUUUCCUGAUUACAAUGCUGGAAAGGUUGAGGUGCAAUAUUUCCAUGAGCAUGCAAGUUUUGCCUCAGUGGUGGCUCUGAAGCAGACUCCAGUGGUCGACCUUUCUGCAACCAUUGGUGCUCAUGGUGUUGCCUUUGGUGCAGAGGCAGGUUUUGAUACAGCUUCAGGAGCUUUUACCAAGUACAAUGCAGGAAUUGGCUUGACAAAGCCUGACUAUAAUGCUUCCAUUAUCCUGGCGGACAAGGGCGACACUCUUAGAGCUUCCUAUGUGUACCAUCUUGACGAGAAGCAGAAGAGCUCAGCAGUAGCAGAAAUCACCAGAAGUUUUUCUACUAACGUGAACACUUUUACUGUGGGAGGAGCAUAUGCGGUGGAUCCCCAGACCACAGUGAAGACGAGGCUCAACAACUCUGGGAAGCUUGGAGCCCUUCUUCAGCAUGAGGUCAAGCCGAAGUCGAUUCUCACAGUCUCUGGCGAGUUUGAUACUAAAGCCUUGGAUAGGACUCCCAAGUUCGGUUUGGCACUUGCCCUCAAGCCUUGAGCAUGUUUUGGUUGGUAUACUUUUUUUGGUUGGUCCAGAAGGCAAUAAAGCUUUUUUCCACAGAUGAUGUUUUUGCUUUAGGUUUCCGGAGUACUGUGGAGCAUUGAUUUUAUUUGGAUGCCGUUGUCUGGGCUUCCACUGUGUCUUUUCUUUGUUAGGUAUUCUUGAACUGUUGAAAAUUUGUAAUACCCUUUUACUCACCGGUGGUGAGACGCUGGUAUCAUUGGCUUGGUUGUUGAGGAUUUGUUGAACCCAUCUAAUAUUCCUGCAGGGAUGUCUUUUGCUU